AUGGCAAGCAUAGUCUCAGAUGAAACCACCUACAAGACAACAACAAAUCAACUAGCGAUUGCAGAACGCAAGAACAACGCCUUAGUAAAAAGACUUUAUGAAGGUAGUCACAUUGACUUCAUUACAAAAAGAGAAUUGACAACGCAUAACUCCAGAACACCGCGAAUAUAUGGAUUGCCAAAAAUACACAAGGAGAAUACUCCACUCAGGCCCAUUGUAUCGUGUAUUAAAUCGCCAACAUAUGCAAUGUCCAAAUUUCUCAACCAACUAUUGAAGCCAAUUGCUGACGAAGGUGGAUUUAACGUAAAAGAUUCCUUUGAGUUCGUGGAGAGGGUAACAAAAUGCGAGGUUCCAGAAGGAUACAUCAUGAUCAGUCUGGAUGUGGUGUCACUUUUUCCUAAUAUACCGCGCGACUUAGCCUUACGGAUUAUAGAAGAAUAUUGGGAUGCAAACAGAAUCACCACAACCAUAGAUAAAAGGCUGUUUCUUGAAGUCCUAAAAUUUUGCCUGGAGACAAGUUUCUUCACAUACGGUGACCAGCACUUCUCACAGAUCGAUGGCAUGCCGAUGGGAGGACCACUGUCACCAAUAAUAGCAGAUAUUGUCAUGGAUUACACAAUAGGCAAAAUUCUCGAGAAAGUUCCCGCAAGAAUCGUCUGUCUGACCAAAUAUGUAGACGACAUUUUCUGUUUGGUGCCGCACGACAAGGUCACGGACAUUCUCUCACACUUCAAUGGAUACCAUCCCAAACUGCAAUUCACGGUUGAAUUGGAAAAAGAAGGAGGACUUCCUUAUCUGGACACCUAUGUCGUAAGAAAACCCUCAAGUCUUGCAACAAUGUGGUAUAAAAAACCAAUUGCAUCAGACAGAAUGCUUAACUUUCAUUCUCAACAUCCUCUGAGGCAAAAAGUGGGCACAGCAAUUGGAUUUAUGAAGAGAAUCGAAAAGCUCACCACAACAAACAGGGAAAACAUGAAAGAGAUUGCCAUCUCAAAACUAAGAGUCAAUGGAUUUCCGCCAAAACUUAUCAAUGCCCUAUGGAACAAGCACAUUGGACAACCAGCAUCAGCAACUCACAACAUAUCCCACAGCUCACCCACCAAUACAGAAGUCAUCUAUAAAUCGAUCACAUACAUUCCAAAACUCAGUGAUACGAUAAAAAGAAUAUUGCGCGCCGAAACACAAACCAUAAAAAUUGCAUUCAAGUGCGCCCAUACAAAUUCGGAAUUAUACACGAAUUUGAAAACAAAGAUUGACCCAUUAUUGGAAAGCGGAGUGGUAUAUUCCAUCCCGUGUGAGUGCGAAAGAGUAUAUGUAGGUAAAACCAUGCAGAGACUGAAGGACAGAAUGAAUCAACACAAGAGGAGCAUCACCCAAUACGAUCCUAACCAAGAGGAAAAGAGUGACGCUACAGCCCUGGUGACUCAUGCACGAAAAAUGAAACACCAGUUUUUGUUUGACUCGGUCGAAAUCGUGGACAGAUGCGAACACAACAAAAAACUAGAAUACUUAGAGAUGCUUCACAUCCAUAUACAACGAUCGCAUACUGUCAACAAGAGAAGCGACACUGAAGGGAUCAACACAAUUUACACUUCUCUUUUGCAACGAGUUAAAACGAGACAACAGCACACCAACACCACAAUAGAUGAUGAGUUCCAGAGCUGUGAUGAGAGCUGA